UCAAGUCUCUCAACACAAGCUACGACAAAACAUUAAUCAAACAUAACCUUCCUAUUCCUAUUUUCACACAUUUCCCAACUAACAACUUGAAACUAGUAACUCUCAACUCAUCUUCUGCACCAUCUUUGUAAUCUCCACAAAUUUCAAUGGCUACACCUCAAAAACCCCAUCUUUUAUUUCUCCUCAUCACCCUCCUCACCCUCACAACACACUCUAUCUCCACAAGCCCGCCAACAGUCUAUGAGCUCCUCCCCAAAUUUGGGCUCCCAAGUGGUCUUUUACCAGACAAUGUUAAAUCUUAUUCACUUUCUGAUGAUGGUAGCUUUGUCGUUGAGCUGGAAAAGACUUGUUAUAUUGACUUUGAUUAUACAGUUUAUUAUGAUAAGAAGAUUACUGGGACUUUGAAAUAUGGGUCAAUUAGUAAUCUUGAUGGGAUUCAAGUGAAGAGAUUCUUCUUGUGGCUUGGAGUUGAUGAGAUUAAAGUUGAUUUGCCGCCUUCUGAUAAUAUUUAUUUUCAGGUUGGGUUGAUUAAUAAGAAACUUGAUGUGGGUCAGUUUGAAACUAUUCAUGCUUGUGGUGAUAAGGUUAAUUCUGCUGGAUCAGAUCAUCAGUCUUGGAAAAGGGUUCUUCAGCUCCCUACUCCUAUGGAGAAAAUUGAAAUGUUAAUCACAGAAUAGACUAUGGCAACAUUAGUGAAGUUUACGGCAAAGCAGAGAGGAUGAUGGAAUUUUAACCCAUUGGCAUUUCUAGUUUUGCAUCUUUGAAGUUGUAUUAUCAAUGUUGCUGCAUCCAUAUUGGUGUUGCUACAAGUAUGUGUACCAACCACGCCUAAAGAUGUAUUGAACAUAUGUUAUAUGUAUGAUAUUUACUUGAAAUGUACUAUGACUGAAUAUAUUCCGAAGGCAUAGUAUAACUGUCUGUAAGUUCCACUUUGUGCAGUCUAUUUCAAGUACUGAUCUCCCAGUACUCGAUAAACACUGUAUCUUUGAAGUUGUAAUAUCAAUGUUGUCGCGAACA